AUGAAGUUUUGGACUUUAAGUAGCGAGGCAGCGAAAAACGCCAAAGAACGCGAGGUACCAUCAUGGGUCAUAGUGGAACCAAGUAAGUGGCGUAAUCGGAAUCAUAACGGUUUCAAAACGAAUCUCAUGAAAAGAAACAAAUUACAGAAGUAUGUAGGCUGUAAGAAGGGGACAAAUCAAGCUCGGACAGGUAUCAGUGGUAAGAAACGGGCAAACCGGGCUACAGGAGCUGCCCAACGAUCCACUUCAAAAGUUGGUCAUCAACGAGAAUCCACAGAACACAAGUCUAAAUCCUUACGUGAGAAAUCGGAUGGGGGUACACCACGACAGGGAAAUAUGAACCUAGACCUAAUCAGAUUCGGAGUAGAAUGGAAGUGA